UUCGUCAGACUCGCCCACGAACCAUCACUUCACGGAAGGUAGAACUAGGUGCUUUAUGUUCGACGUUCGCCACUGGCAUCCCCAUGAUGUGUCGAUCCUAUGUGUACAUAUACGAGAAUCGCGUUUUUCGUGGGCAGAAGUGUCUGUAGAGAGUUUCCUACGAUGUGAAAGUCCAUUAGUCGUUCUGUUCUGUGCUUUGUGUAAGGCUGCGUACAGGUGAAUGUCUUGAAGCGGGCAUGCGCAUGCAAGAGGAGCACUUCGCCAGUUCUGAUAAGACGUUCUACGUGACAUCUAAGGAGACCUGUACAUAUGACUAGCUUUGCGUAUAUAGUUAUUUUUACUUGAUGCAAGCAGGAAUGCACCUGCACGCGCUCACAUUAACGUUUGAUAUUAUAUCGUAAAAGAGUGGAAACCUGAGAGCUCUCAUGAUGUGGUCGCGUGGCGCCGCACAUGGGCAGACGAACAGGAGACAAGGGGAAACGGAAGUGGGAGGAAGCGAGGAAAACGCUCUGGUGACAGAGACAGACGACGCAAUCAAAACAUCCACAGGAACUGGAGAGGGGCAGGCAGGGGAAGCGGCAAGCGGGCAGCCAAACAGUGUGUCACUUUCCUCAGUUUCUUCGUAUUCCUUUUCCGUCGUUGAUGGAACCAAAGGAGAUGAACACAUGAGAGACGAUGCAGAAAGCAAAAAAGAGGAGGAAGCUGAAGACGUUUCCAAUGAGGCGUGCGCUCAAAGCGAGGACUCUAUGAGCAGCUUUGACGUUCUUAGCUCGAAUGUCGAAGAUGACAGCGAAGAAGAAGAUGACGAUGGUGACACAGAGUCGCCAGGAGAUCUGUCUGACUGUCGCACGGCUUCGUCAAGUUUCGGAUGCACAGGGGCCGAUGCACGGACACGACCUCGGCCGAAUUCCCAGGCUCGCCAAUCAAAUCGCGGUGUCUCUUCCUCACCUUUGUCGAGGCACACGCUACACGAGGACCUGUCCGGAGGAGCGACCGACGGUGAUGAUUCGGGAGAAGGAACUCGGGUGGAGGCAGAAGGCGACUUGCAGCGAAAUCGAGACCGGUGUAGAAGCGUGGACGAUGGACAAGAGGGGUUCGAGGACUGCGUCUGGGAGGGGGGAGCUAGAGGCGAAUCACCACAGAAUACGGGUGCAGAAGAGGGAUCGGAUACCGAACGAGCAAGAUCGAAUGAGCAGCGGUUGUCAUGCAAAGAACGCCUACAACACACGGCGAGAGACCACGAACUGGGGAAGAACCUGGAAAUGUGUGUGCGUCGUCUAGAGCACCGGAAAAUGAGUGGAGAGGCGAAGGAGGGACAUGGCGCAAACGCUGUUGAGAUCGCGGCAAACGGAAACACGAUAGAAGAGGAGGACGGCAGAGAUGACGAAGGAGACGUCUGGAUGGAACUCGGAAAUCGAACGGGUUUUUCGGAUAUGGGCGAGUCGAAGAGUAUAUUCACAGAAGACGAGAAAAAGGGAUUAUCGAGGAAUCCAAUGUUGUCCGAUGUACCAGCCUCUCAGCACGAUGCUCCAGUAGAGAAAAAGGUGCAGCGACUACAACGCGUGAUUGAUGAGCUGAGGGAAGAAACCGAAGGGAAACUAACCUGUUUGCGCGAGAAGAGUGAGAAGCUUGAGGCGCUUCUGUACGCCCUCGUACCUUCCGUGUCCCGAGUUUACCCGCCAUAUGUUGUGUCUUCCUUCGAAAGCUCGACCACCUUUCCGUUUCGUCUGUCUCCGGCUGCUCUCAUAGACCCGUCCGCGACCCGUGUCGACCCCGAACCACAUCAUGAAACUAAUUGCGUCCAGUGUCGGUCUUUUGACGAAAUGAAAAUGCCGUCUUUCGCGUCAUCCGCUUCACCGAUCGAAAUGCGGACUCGAUCACUUGCAAGCAACGAAAGCACCGGAAACGAGCGGCGCGAGACAAGUGUGCUGCCAGGCCCUGGGACGAUAGAUCAACAUGAUGACGCUGCAAAGGUGGAAAGAGGGAAACCCUCAGAUGCAGGGCAGUUUUCCUUCAAAAGCGCACCUUCCGAAUGUGGAGAGUCCAGUUACUCGUGGCGCGAUGCACUGAAGGUACCGUCCUCUCCGUCGUCGUUUUUCCAGAAGGACCACCGCCAGACUCUGAACACAAAUGAAGCAGACGCGGCUGACAGAACGACGAAGAAAGGCGGCCUCAGCGACGUAGAGAUAUGUGGGUCUCAUGUGUCGAGUGAAGCGCUCGAAGGCCGUGCAUGCAGUCCACGCUGUGAGACUGAUCCCCAGCGAGGAAAGGCGUUAAGAGAUCUGGGUGGCGUCCGUGACGGAGGGCGGGCGGCAACUUCUGGAAAUGUGUUCUCGUUUGCUGGCUCACAUGUCGAGGGGAAUAUGACUAGCUUGAUUGAGGCUGACCAAGAGAUACGUGAGGCGAGGCAACCUGUUGCGUCGGUGCUGGCUUUCUUCAAUGGACCAAGAGGCCACUCAGAUGUCUAUACGCAUGAAUGUGGGAGCGGUGGCCGUCACACCGAUGCGCCAUGGGUGACGAAACUGAGAAAAGUGGGGGCACGAUUGGUUUUGGAGGCAACAAGUGAGAAGCGGGAGAGUCAAGCGAUGCUUCAAGAAGACGGGGAUGUCACAGAGACGGAGGAAAGCGAGAGUGAAGAGGAGAUGCCCGAUGGAGUGGAAAUGGACCCGGCUGCCCCUAGAGGAGAAAGGGUCAUAUUUUCAGCAGCAAAUGCAGAGAGCGUAGAAGAAGACGAAGGAUACGCAUUUCUUGAAGAUGCGGAAGGGGAAGAAUGGACGCGGGCGCGUUACAAAGGACUCUGUGCGACCAUGCACGCAGAAUGGGAGCCCCAACAGCGAGAUCAGGCAGACGCAGUCGACGAGAAGACGCCAGAUGCGCGUGAAGCGCAGUUCCCGCUGACAGAGAAAAGGUUCGUGUAUAGGUACCAGGAGCGGAACGCCAAGGGGGACGAGAAACAGUUCGAAUUGACAGAAGACGGAAAGGAAGGAAAUGCGUUUGAUGACAAUUGCAGCUGCUCGCCCGCUGCUUCGGUUAGCUCGUCGUCGCCCCCGUCUCCGCGGGCAGUUUCCUGGUUAGCCGACUUCCUGCCCUUUUUAAAUCCUCUGAGCUACCCUGUCCGAUUUUUAGCCCGCGUCCUCGGUCUAAAUGUGGAUGGCAGUUUCGAUCGGUGGCGACUAGAAAUCCAGAGGGGCUCUGUGCGCGGAACGGUGGUCCUCGGCGUCAUCGAUGCCACUGUCUGUGUCGGGCUCGUUAUGGGGCUGGUUUACUUCAGUUUCUUUGUGAGUCGCAUGGUUUUCAAAACUGUGUACGUCCACGUGCAUGCGAUCGAAGAAGAAAAAGUUCCGCAUUACUUCGAGGGGCUUACCUACAAGUUCUGGGGGAAGAAGCCGAUCUAUUUCUCCGAUGUUCCAGGAGAACGAGAAUCUGGCUGGAUUACACAGCGUGUAAACUGGUACCGACCUCACGGAUAUUGAUUUGAGGAGCCAAGCACCAAGGCGAAAAAAUGACAACAAUCGCCAAGCAAAAACCCAUGUGAUAAUUCUCACGAAUCAAUUGUCGUUGCGCUCUGUCCGCGUAGACUACCGUGCGUAGGACUUCGGCCCGUGCUGUGGGGUUGCGCGUUUCGUCCGUACUCUGCGUUGAACUGGGUGUGGUGGCGGAUACGAGCGUGCGAAAUGUGCCCUUUUAGUAGAGGCAUCGGACCUCGGGGAAGCGACCGAAGAGGGUAAACGACGAAACGGCACAGUGGGAGCCCCGGUCCAUCACUACAGGCAGUAGUAGAUAAUUUGUCUGAAGGUACAGGGAUCAAACCAUCGCUGAAAGAACAGAAACCAGUUACUCAGGGUUUUCUGCAUCGAUAAACAUAUAAUGUAAACACGUUUGCAUACAUUUACCUAAAUGCUUGCAUGCAUCCGAGCCCUCCCAUGUAGUUUUCGCGUCGGGUGGUAAUGUGUUACGCCGCUCGUGAGCACGAAGGCGCUCCUCUGUCUCGGUUCCUCCCACUGGGCUGACAAGUUGACGAAGGAACGGAGAGAGUGAUUUUCAGUAGAGAGAACGUAAGCGGAUGAGUAGCUCAGGGUGAGGUUUUCUGUGAAAAAUAAAAGUUUUUUGUUUCUGAAAGAAGCAUAUGGCGGGCAGGAAGAAGGACGAGUCGUGCAAAUGCCAUCGCUCAGAAAGGUAGACGUAGUUUUCAGGUGGAAAGAAGCUGAAGUGAGGGUGGGAGGAAGAAUGAAGGGUGUAUGCGGAGAGAACUCGUCUCACGAGAUACAGAUGAUCAAGCUGGGGUUCACGGAGCCGAAACUGUCAAGAGGCAAGUAGAGGAGUGAAGAAAACUCCAACCAAGUGUAUGGUGGAACGUGUGGACGAUGGAACAGAGACCUUGAUGGUUGUUCCAGAGGAUCCAGGUACAACCCGUAUACACAAACCUAUGGAAGUGUGUCAGAUGGAGGUUAGCGGAAAUGCUAAAGACGCGCAGGAGGGGAUCGCAGGAAGUUGAUGUUGCACAUUCGUGUUGAUACGUCGUGCAGGUUUUCCGCGGGUCGCUGGAGGGAAAACUUGCCCAUGAUAAGAACGUGUCGUUGGCAUUUUCAGGCACAUUGAUGGAAACGCAUAUUUGUUUUUUGUGUUCUGUGUCGAGAUUGAACUGUUUGACUAGCACGAGUCCUCUUGCCCCGCUGGCGAAUUAUCAGCAGCUCCAGCUGGAGAAGCUUGUGGAGAGAGCUCAGAUACUGUUCUUAUAAAGUUCUGUUUCG